GUGGUAACGCUACUUCCUUUUUAGCUUUGCGUAGUAGAAGAACGUCAACUCCAGACGCAAUCACAUGAGAACAAUCUUUCUGGUGCUCGUUUUAGAUGGUGGGAUUCCUUCUUUUCUCUUCGAUCCAUUCCCUGUUUCUUCUCUCAAAACCCUAAAUUUCCCUUCCCCAAUUGCCGUGUAUGGAGAGAUCUGGUAGUAAAGACUUGAACAGCAUCAUUGGGGUUUCCUUAUCAGAUGACAAACGCUUUGAUGCAUCACAGUAUGCUUUUUUCGGUCAAAAUCUUUCAGACAAGGCUGAUUUCGGGUGUUUAGAGGUUGAAGAAGACGAUGAUAAUCCUUUAAACGGGCUAGGUGAUGAUGAAUACCGUUUGUUUGAUAGAGAAGAGGAACCAGGGGUUGGUUCCCUAUCAGAUUUAGAUGAUCUGUCAACUACUUUUUCAAAGUUAAACAGAUCAGUUAGUGGACCUAGGCAUCCUGGAGUUAUUGGUGACCGAGGAUCAGGAUCGGGUUCUAUUUCAAGGGAAAGUUCAUCUGCCUCUGAAUGGUUACAAGAAAGAGAAUUACCCGAGUGGUUGGACCAUCACAUCUCUGACACUGAAACCCACCAUGGGACCCGCAAAUGGUCAUCACAACCACAUCUCUACUCAGAUUCAAAGCCAUUAUACAGAGCUUCAUCAUACCCUCAAGAACAACACCAGUUCUUCAGCGAACCCGUUUUAGUCCCUCCUCCUGCCCAAACCAAUCUCUCCUCGCCACGUCAGCAUUCCCAUCUCUUAAACCUCUCAUCCGCCAUCACCAAUCCCCACUUACCCUUAAACCUCUCCCGUUACAACCAGAUAAUCCCUCCCGGCCUUUCCCGAUACGCUCAGGCCCAAGCCCAAAACAACUGGGCCAAUACCAAUAAUAUGUUACAUGUGGAUCAUGCGGGAUUACUAAGCAACACGUUUCAACAGAAACUUCUUCAUAACGGGUCGUUGUCGCCCCAUUUUAUACCCCCGGGUCAACACCUUAUCGGCCCUUUUUCCCCGCUCCAACUCUGCCCGGUUCCUUCACGCCCAUUGCAUCUGACUAAAUACGAACCAAAAACCAAAUCCACCCAAAAGAAACACUCCGGGCGUCUCUCCCGCCAGGGCUCCGAUGGUAGUGGUAAUCAGAAAAACGAUAAAUUCCGUGUACAAUUUAAAUCAAAAUACAUGACUUCUGAAGAGAUUGAAUCUGUUUUAAGAAUGCAACAUGCUGCAACUCACAGCAAUGAUCCGUAUAUAGACGAUUACUAUCACCAAGCCCGUAUCGCGAAAAUAUCUUCCGACUCGAGUUCCAAGUCGAAAUCCCGUUUCUGCCCUUCUCAUCUCAAAGACUCGCCUUCUCGAUCCUCGCGUAACAGUACAGAAUCACAUCAUGUCAAUAUUGAUUCUCAUGGAAGGAUUUCAUUAACCUUCAUCCGCCGCCCGCCACCUCUCCUUGAAGUCGAACCACCUCCGGGUUCCGGCGGUGGUUCCGAUCAGAAAUCUGAAAAACCGUUAGAACAAGAACCGAUGCUUGCAGCCCGAAUCACAAUCGAGGAUUGUCUUUGUCUUCUUCUUGAUGUAGACGACAUCGAUCGCCUCCUGCAAUUUUCUCAAGAUAAUGGAGCUCAAAUGAGGCAAAGAAGGCAGAUUCUUCUAGAAGGGUUGGCUACAUCGCUUCAGCUCGUUGACCCACUCGGGAAAACUAACAACUCAGUCGGGUUGACUUCUAAGGACGAUAUCGUCUUUUUACGAUUAGUCUCUCUCCCUAAGGGCCGAAAACUGAUAUCAAGAUACCUUCAACUUUUAUCACCAAGCAGUGAGCUUGCACGGAUAGUAUGCAUGGCUAUAUUCCGUCAUUUACGCUUCCUAUUUGGCGGUCUUCCUUCCGACACCGGAGCUCUGACCACCACCACCGCUUUAGUGAAAACAGUUUCCACAUGUAUCAGUGCAAUGGAUUUGAAUUCUCUGAGCGCUUGUCUAGCGGCGGUUGUGUGUUCUUCAGAGCAGCCGCCACUUCGGCCGCUACGGAGUCCAGCUGGAGAUGGUGCUUCGGUGAUUCUGAAAGCGGUUUUGGAUCGGGCCACGCAGUUGUUAAGUAACCGUGGUGUGCAAAACCCGAUGCUGUGGCAGGCUUCAUUUGAUGCGUUUUUCGGGCUGUUGACUAAGUAUUGUUUGAGUAAGUAUGAUAGUUUAGUGCAAGCCAUGUAUACGCAAGUGCCGCCUAGCACGGAGGCGGCAAGGGCUAUCGGGCGGGAGAUGCCCGUGGAGCUUUUGCGGGCUAGUCUUCCGCAUACGGAUAGUAAUCAGAGGAAGAUGCUGGUUGACUUUUCUCAGAGGUCAAUGCAGGUUGCAGGGUUGACCGGUCAUAGAGGGAGCGGUGGUCAAGUUGCGCAGGAAUCAGUAAGAGGAUGACUGAUGUGUAAUGAAAAGUGUUGUAUGUGUGUUUUGUGGUGGUGGCGGUGGUGGGCUUGAUUUGAAAUGGGAAGUGGUAUGAGUUUUUUUUUUUUUUUUUAAAUGUUUGUUCUGAAGGCAAGGGUAGUGUAGUGGUAAUCUAAGUAAAGCAAAAACAACUCUGACCAGUAUGAUGACUUCUGUGUAUAGAGAGGUACACUGCUGGGAGUUGAAAAGGGAGGCACGUUUUUUUGGUGCUCUCUGGUUUCAUUUCAUUUCGAUUCGUACACUUAAAUUAUGUAAUGUUGGUAAACUUGCACAUUUGGAUGUUUUAGUUUGAAUUCGUAUUUACAGAUUCUCUUGUUUGUC